AUGGACUCCAUCACCAACAAGCUGGGCGGUCAGGGCGGCCAACACUCCGGUCAGGGCGUCGGCGGCGUCGGCGGCGUCGGCGGAGCCGGCCAAGCAGGCGGUGCCGCCGGAAAUCAAGACUACGGUGACAAGGCCUUCGACAUGCUUGCCAAGAAGUCGGGCCACAAUGUCAACCGCAACACGGGUGAGAAGAUCACCGACGGUGCUCGGGGUCUGUUCGAGAAGGCGACUGGUAAGAAGGUCAACCCCAAGAUCUCCAACUAG